AUGUUUCUUACUUUAAGGAAGAUCUGCACGCCGAGUAUCAUGACAGUCACCGAGAAGAGAACUACACUUCUUCCUCAGCCCAAGGAGGAAGAACUUAUAGAGCGCAAAUCAGAUAUCAUCUUUACUACCCCGCCGGUUCCUAAAGCUUCUGGAUUUCAAUUAUUUGAGAAAUUAGGCAGUCCUACUAAGAUCGUAGCUCCAAUGGUUGAUGGAUCUGAGUUAGCAUGGAGAAUACUAUCGAGAAGAUACGGAGCGGAACUGUGCUAUUCACCUAUGCUUCACUCCAGACUUUUCUCAGAGAAUGAGAAGUUCAGGAAGACGAUACUAUCUCCAUUAGACGGGAAGCCGGGUCUAGAUAGGCCUCUAAUAAUUCAGUUUUGUGGAAAUGACCCCGAUACACUACUUUCUGCUGCUAAGCAUGUUGUUGGAAGAUGUGAUGCAGUGGAUAUAAAUUUUGGAUGUCCUCAGGGAAUAGCGAAAAGAGGUCAUUAUGGCUCGUUUUUAAUGGAGGACUGGGACUUGGUUUACAAAUUGAUCCAUAAAUUGCAUACAGAGUUGGAGAUACCUGUUACUGCGAAGAUUCGAGUGUUUGAAGAUUGGUCGAAGUCGUUGGAUUACGCAAAGAUGUGUCUUAGUGCUGGCGCUCAGUUUCUUACCGUGCACGGGAGAACCAGAGACAUGAAGGGACAGAAAACAGGUAUUGCUGACUGGAAUCUCAUUAGAUAUAUCAGGGAUAAUCUUCCAGAGGGUACUAUCUUCUUUACAAACGGUAACAUCCUAUACCAAGAUGAUGUUCCGCGAUGCCUCAAAGAGACCAAAUGUAAUGGAGUGAUGUCAGCAGAAGGAAACCUUACCAAUCCAGGAAUAUUUUGGACACAGAAUGAAAAUAAGGACAAGUUAUUUCCUCGAGUUGACAAAUUUGUAAGAGAAUACUUUGAAGUAGUAAAACAGUGCGGUGAAGGUGAGUCCAAGAGGUGCUUCAAGACACAUCUUUUUAAAUCGCUCCAAACAUUUCUAACUAUGCAUACAGAUGUGAGAGCCGAGAUCGCUACAAUUAAUAGAAAGUCAUCAUGGGAUGAGCUGGAAAGGAUCGUGAAAAUGAUCGAGAAGGUUGUAGAAGACAUCUUCAAAAAGGAUAAUAUUGAGGAAUUGGAUACCAUCAAAGUGGAGAAUUUGGAAUCUUGGGGUGGAAGGUAUAGAGAUGUUCCCUAUUGGAGAUUACAGCCUCAUUUCCGAAGAAUUAAUGGCGUUGAUGGUAGGAGCGUAAUUAGGCAGAUUGUUAAACAGAAAGACAGCAAGAGAAAGGCCGAUGAACCUGCUGAUGAAGAGGACAGCCAAAACAAGGUAAGGAGAAGUGAAUAG